AUGUGCGACCGCACCAAUGCCAGCGAGAUCGUCGCAGAAAUGCUUUCUUAUCUGGAGACGGCCGAUUACUCCAUCAGAGAAGAAAUGGUCCUGAAAGUCGCAAUCCUGGCUGAAAAGUAUGCUACUGACUAUACAUGGUAUGUCGAUGUAAUCCUGAAGUUGAUUCGAAUUGCCGGUGAUUAUGUGUCAGAAGAAGUGUGGUAUAGAGUGAUUCAGGAAGUGUUAUGA